GCUCAUGUGUGUUCUUCUUCGGAGCGUCCACGUAUCGUGGGUGGAGAGAGCUUCUCUUAUGCACACGUAUACUUAAAACCAGUACUUCAGUACAAGAUUACACGUCAGCUGAUUACACCAACCUCUUGGAUUUCUUACAGUCUUUUCUUUUUCUUUCAUAAACGUUGAAAUUAGUAGUGUGAAAGAUGGUGGCCAAACAGAGGAUUCGCAUGGCGAACGAGAAACACAGCAAGAACAUCACACUGAGGGGCAAUGUGGCCAAAUCCACGAGAGGCCCUCAAGAUGAGAAAGCAGCGGUUGGUCCAUGGCUUCUUGCCUUGUUCAUCUUUGUAGUAUGUGGAUCAGCGAUAUUCCAGAUCAUUCAGAGUAUCCGGAUGGGAAUGUGAAGAGUCCAUCAGCCCAAAUUCUCCUCUCCCGGCACAGCAGAAGAUCACUUGAUCAUUCCUUUUUUUCUUAUUUAAUCUUUGUUUUGCAAGGUCUUUCACCACAAUGCUACGGUUUCCUGUGCCUUACUCAAAAACCGGAGGAACAUUGUCUUCUGAAACAUUCCAAUAUGGGACUUUUGAUCAGUAUUGCUGCUCAAUCCAUGGCAGAGGCAAUACACUCAAGACUACGAAUGACUGUUAGAUUUUGUUUUCUACACUAACAUUUUUGUUUGAAAGAAAUGUUGCAUUAAUAUUCUAUGUUGUAGUUUGGGGACCAGUUCAGUAUAAUUGUUAACAUUGGUACUAUGCACCUUGAAUUGGAUUUCUCUCUACUAAUAGACCUGAGUUUGUGUUCUUUGACUGUAUCAAAGGAAAUGAAGGUCCACAGAUUCAGUUUUGUGUGUAGAGAACAAAAAUAAAAUGAAAUGUACUUUA